AUGGUAAAUUUGGGUUUGAGAUUAGAAGAAGGUGUCCGUGAAGGACGGUUGAAAGAAGGUGGUUCGACUGACAGUUCUAGAAAGUAUGGGAGUGGGUUACCCAAAAAGAAGGAACACAGUGAUAAUGCUAUCUCGCAAGGGAAACCUAUGAGGCUUCCGAGGAAAAGUCAACGUCAUCAGCAUAUGGCGUCCGUAACUUCAGUUAUUAAUUCUGCUCCGGUCGUUCAAAAGAAUUUGAUACAAAUAAGAACUUCAUCAGCUAUUCCGAAAGAGCUUCUGUGGUGGUUAAUGCAAAGUGGAAUUUUGUCUUUUGAAGACUCUAGUCCCAAUGUACAAGCUAAUUUGUUUCCCAAACAGUGUGGUGCAAUUGUGAAUAUGGUUGAAGGAUGUCCAGGAAAGUACCAAACUUUUGAUGUCAAUUUGAUCAGAAAAUACUUGGUUGAAAUGCAUGCAAAUUUAUGUGAGUUGAGCUAUUAUGAGCAUGACCAUGCUUCUUGCCAUAUUUGUUCUAAAGAUCCCCAAGAAUGUGUUGUUUUGAAAAAAGACUUACAAGAAAUGUUGGAUCAAAACCUUAUUCAGGUCACAAGGGAUAGAAAUGAAGAUGACCAUGAGUUUGAUAAAGUUAUACCUUACAAGUAUAAUGUUGCCAUGGUGGAAAACGGUAAAGAGGUGCAUAUUCCUUCUUUUUCUUAUGUUGUUAACAUUGUCGAUAAUGCUGAUCAAGGUGAAGUGCUGAAAUUGAUUAAGAAAAGUGAUUUCAAUGUUGUAGACCAGUUGUUGCACACUCCGUCUAAGAUAUCUGUUUUAUCUUUACUGAUGAGUUUAAAAGCUCAUCGAGAGGCUUUGCAGAAGGUUCUGGAGAAAGCCUAUGUGGACCAUGACGAAGAUGCCAUGUCCAAUAUGCUGGUGGACACUAGUUCUUCUCUAAAUGUUCUGCCUAAGGACACUCUAUCCAAGCUUUCUUAUCAAGGUUCUCUAAUGAGAUUCAGUGGAGUUAUUGUGAAGGCCAUCGAUGGCUCAAGGAAGACUGUAAUUGGGGAGGUUGAUCUCCCAAUAAAGAUAGGUCCGUGCUUAUUUCAGAUCACUUUUCAAGUGAUAGAUAUUCAUCCCGCCUACAGUUGUCUCUUAGGACGUCUGUGGAUUCAUAAGGCUGGGGAAGUAACAUUAACUCUACACCAGAAGCUGAAGUUUAUAAAUAAUGGGAAGUUAGUGAUCAUGGGUGGCGAGCAGGCCAUGUUGGUGAGUCAUCUCUCUUUAUUUUCAUACAUUGAUGUCGACGAAGUUGAGGGAACAUCGUUUCAAGCUCUUCCUAUUGAUAAUAUUGCUGCUAAAAAGAAUGAGGAAUCCAUGUCAUCCUUGAAAGAUACCCAACAUGUGUUGAAGAAUUGCCAAUCUACUAAGUGGGGACGAGUUGUUGAGCUUGCCAAGAACAAGAACAGAGCUGGUUUGGGUUUUUCACCCGGUUCAACCCAAAUAGAUUUAAAGUGA